AUGGAUGUAUGCCUUCAGAUUACUCUCAGCACUAUAUCGACCAAGCUGAUCCUGUACGAUCUUCGCUACUCCAUCUCAUACUUCUGGAUCCUCAUCACAUCUACCUCCCAGGCUACUGCUCAGCUCAAUCAAGAUUUCUACAAGAGCCCUCAAUGCAUCCAGGCUCUUGGUCAAAUCCUCGCCAGUUCCCCCGAAGUUUCGGUUCGCCAACUCGCUGCUGUCGAGCUUAGAAAACGUGUAUCUCAAAAUAACAACCAUCUCUGGUUACAACUUUCCCCAGCCGAACGUGACAGCAUCAAGGCUAGCCUCCCUCAGCUCAUCUUAUCAGAGCAAAAUAAUCUUGUUCGUCACUCUGCUGCUCGUGUUGUUGCUGCCAUUGCUACCGUCGAAGUCGCCCAAGGCACAUGGAACGAACUUCUUCCAUGGUUGCACAGCACUUGCGUUUCGCAAAAUGUUGCGCACCGUGAAGUUGGAUCUUUUAUUCUAUUCACCGUUCUUGAAAGCAUUGUAGAGGGAUUCCAAUCACAUCUACCUGAGCUUUUCGAACUUUUUGCCUCGCUUUUGGCUGAUCCAGAGAGUAUCGAAGUUCGCAUCACGACCGUUAGGUCUCUCGGUGUUAUUGCGCAAUAUAUUGACGCUGAAGAUAAGACAGAACUUAAAGCCUUCCAGAGUCUUCUUCCAUCUAUGAUUCAAGUUAUUGGUCAAUCAGUCGAAACUAGUAAUGAAAGUGGCGCGAGACAAUUGUUCGACGUUUUGGAGACCCUUCUUAUUCUUGAAGUGCCUGUCCUCGGUAAACACAUCCCAGAACUGGUUGGUUUCCUCCUCCAGUGCGGUGGCAACCGCAACUUCGAUGCCGAGCUCCGUGUUCUCGCUCUCAAUGCCCUUAACUGGACCGUGCAGUACAAAAAAUCUAAAAUUCAAACUCAUAAUCUUGCAGCGUCCAUCUUGGCUGGGCUCAUGCCUAUCACAGCUGAAGAGGAGCCUGAGGAUAUUGACGAUGACGCUCCAUCUCGAUCCGCUCUUCGUAUCAUUGACGGUCUGGCCACAAAUCUUCCUCCCACCCAAGUCUUCCCCGCUCUUUGGACCGAAAUAGCCAAGUACUUCACUUCUCAGGAUCCCAGUCACCGACGUGGUGCAAUGCUUGCACUGGGUGUUUCCGUUGAAGGCUGCAGCGAGUACAUCACUCCUCUCAUGAAAGAUGUUUGGCCCAUCAUUGAGGCUGGUCUUGUUGAUGGAGAUGCCGGCGUCAGGAAAGCAACCUGUGUCGCUGUCAGCUGCCUGUGCGAAUGGUUGGAGGAUGAGUGUGCGUCCAAACAUGCCGCCUUGGUCCCUAGCAUAAUGAACCUAAUCAAUGAUCCCGCCACUCAGAAAACUGCUUGUACUGCUCUCGAUGCUCUUCUCGAAAUCUUACAAGACAAUAUUGAGCAAUACCUUGAACUCAUCAUGGAGCGUCUCAUCGGUCUUUUGGAGACCGCUCCGCUAUCAGUCAAGGCUGUUGUUACUGGUGCCAUCGGCAGUGCUGCGCAUGCCUCCAAGGGACGUUUCCUCAUGUACUUCGAACCCACCAUGAAGUACCUGGCUCAUUUCUUGACUCUCACUAAUGAGGGAGAGGAAAUCGAGCUCCGUGGUAUCACCAUGGAUGCUAUUGGAACAUUCUCUGAGGCCGUUGGCAAGGAGGUUUUCCGACCCUACUUCCCCCAGAUGAUGGCCCACGCUUUUGAGGGUUGCAAGAUGGGUAGUGCCCGCCUUCGCGAAUGCAGCUUCCUAUUUUUCGGAGUCAUGGCUCGCGUUUUCGGAGAAGAAUUUGCCCCUUAUCUUAGCCAGGUUGUCCCUCCUCUUCUCGAGAGCUGCAAACAAGCCGAACAGGGCGAAGACAACCUCGAGAUAUCCGUCGCCGAUGCCGCGUCUGCUUUCGCCUCUGGUUCCUCUCCAGCCAAUGCUAUCUCCGUUAGCGAAGAGCUUGAUGCCAACGGCAACCCGUCUGUCGAGAUUGAAGACCUUGAUCUUGACAAGAUGAUGGACGUCAAUAGCGCCAUUGCUGUUGAGAAAGAAAUCGCCGCAGACACCAUUGGCACACUCUUUGCUGCCACUCAGCUUCACUUCCUCCCAUACGUGGAAUCAUGUACCCUGGAGCUCAUUGCUCUUCUUCCUCAUUAUUACGAAGGCAUCAGGAAGAGCGCCACGGACUCUCUCUUAGAAAUCGUUAGAACCUUCUACGACCUUAGUGAACACGAUGAAUGGAUUCCUGGAGCCAACACUGGUCAUUUGAACAACCAAGUUUCUGAACUCAUAAAACAUGCCCUUGUGCCUCUCCUUGAGAUGUAUGAGACCGAAGACAACAAAUCUGUGGCUGCUUCUCUUUGCAUCGGUUUGGCUGAGACUAUCAACAAAAUUGGCCCGGGCUUUGUUCAAGGCCACUACGAAACCAUCUGCGGCAUUGCUAAGCAGAUUUUGGAACAGAAGGCAUUCUGCCAACAAGAUCCUGACCAAGAUGAUGAAGAAGAAGCACCCGAAGACCAGGCAGAGUAUGACUCAGUUUUGAUCUCUUCUGCUGGUGACCUUGUUUCUGCUUUGGCGAAUGCUGUGGGCCCCGACUUUACCCAGGCAUUUGGAACUUUCUUCCCCUUAGUAUCGAAGUACUACAAAAAGACUCGUUCGCUCAGCGACCGCUCAGCAGCCAUUGGAUGCCUUGCAGAGAUCAUCUCAGGAAUGAAAGGUGCUAUCAGCCCUUACACCUCUCAACUUUUCGAGCUCUUCGCUCGUGCUCUGAGCGAUCAUGAGAACGAGGUCCUCAGCAAUGCUGCCUUUGCCAUCGGUCUCCUUGUCGAAUACUCGGAAGUUGAUCUUUCUCCUCAAUACUACCAAAUACUUGGAGCCCUUCGCCCUCUGUUCAAUGUCACCCCCGAUUCUCCUGCCGCCAAACUCAACGCAAAGGACAAUGCCACAGGUGCAGUUGCCCGUCUUAUUCUCCGAAACACCAACGCUUUGCCCCUUGAUCAAGUUCUGCCCACCUUCGUCGACGCUCUGCCUUUGAAGAACGACUACCUGGAGAACCGCCCUGUAUUCCGCGCUCUCUUCCACCUCUUCAAGUCAUACGGCUCCGUUGUCUACCCUUAUAUGGAUCGUCUGUUGGCCGUCUUUGCGCACGUUUUAGCACCCGGAGAAGAUCAGAUUGGCGACGAAGUUCGCAAAGAACUAAUCCAUCUUAUUGCACUGAUUAACCAGGAAGAGCCAUCGAAGGUCUUGGCUGCUGGCCUCAACCAGUACCUGGUGUAG